UUGAAAUGGACGUUGCCAAACAUUCAAUCAAUUUUUGGUGAAAACACGGUAUGGUCAAAAAAAUUAACAAACAAAUAAAUCUCAAAGCUUUUUUUCGAAAAAAAAGGCCGAGCUUGAAAAUUUCACACAACCGUCUUGGUCUAGUCUCAUUCUCAAUGAAUAAUAAUUUUGGGAUCUAAAACACUUUCUUUGUUAUAAAAUCGCCUGAAAAAUCACCUAGGACUAACUUUCUUUCAGACACUAAAACCUCACCACAUCAAUAUAAGUUUGGAGCAAGAAUUGAAAGAUGGCAAUAUGCGAAUUUUUGGGAAAAAAUUCCGAAGAAACCCCUCCCAAGUUCUGCAACUUCUUCAAAAUACACCAGCGCCGUUCAAUUUAGAACAAAUAAAAAUAGUGAGUUAUAAAAUAUUUUUUAUCGGAAAAAUUGAAAAAAAAAGAAAAAAAAUUCACGAUGAUUCCGAGCACCUAUUGAUAAUUCUUAAUGAAAAAGUGAGUUUUUUUCAAAAUUCAAAAUAGUUUACAAUUUUAGAGAAUUGUAAUUUUAUUUGUGAUUGAAAAUUCUUUAAUUUUUUCAGAACGACACAAUUAUGGAAAAUUCAAGAAAACAAGAUGCAGUUCUUCUUUUGAUUGGAAGUCCACCAGAGAAAUACACGACAAACUUGAAAAUUUUGAUUCCGGAUGAAUUGUGUCAAAAUAAAAGCAUGUCGAUGCGUAAGUUUUGAAAAUUAGUUUUGAAUCAUGAUAAAUUUAUAGGACAAUCGAAUUCGUUGGAGGUAUUCAUAAUUAUGCACCAAAACCACAAUAUAUCAACCGAACAAAGAUUUAUGGAAAUGAAUCAAGACUUCACAUUGAAAGAUAUCAAUCUAUUCAGUGAUCUAAUUGAUUUUGUUUCAAAAUUCCGAAAAUGUGUUGUAUCGAGUAAAGUUCGGGAAGGUUAGUUGCAAUCAUAAAAGUUUAAUUUUGUAUACUUAUUUUUUGCAGAAAUAUUAAUGAAAUUAGUGGAAAAGUGCAAUGAAUUAUCGACAACAAAUCCAAUGUUUGCUGAAUAUUUGAUUGAAAAUCAUAGCUAA